UCAUUUAUCGGUAGUUUGAAAACAAUUUGCUCAUGCAUUUAUAAUUUGACUACUGAAAGGGGUUGACGAAAGUUCAAUAUAUCUUAAUGUUAAUAAUAAUGCGAUUGUUCUGGUUCACAUUAAUUUUAGGCGGAAGUUUUGCUGACUGGGUGUCAGAGUGGAUGACUCCGGUGGAAAAUGAAUUCAGGGAGUUACUUCCACAAGCGGAAAACGAUACCAUAACAUCUUUUGCAGUCGAUAAAGAAAGAGUAUUGCCAUCUAAUUAUAACUACAUAACAAAUGUAGCAAAUUUGAAGAACAAUAUUCAAAGCUUCAAUGAUUUAUCACCAAAAUAUCUUAAAAAUAAAUUAGAGGAAACUCUUAAUAACGCUAAAAAUUUAGCUGCAGUUCUGAAAAAACAAAUCCUGCAAUUAGAGGACCGAGAAAGGACCUUGAAGCAAGCGAUUGUAGAUGGCAAAUCAGGCGUGACAACCCUGACUGUGACGUCAACUGGUCGUGCCCUCCAUUCUUACAUGAUCAGAGAUGGGUUUUGGUCGUUAUGUGAAGGAAUAAUACAAUAUCCGAACGUCCCAACCUCUAACAGUUAUACAGAUAUGUACUCAGUUCCGAGAUGUAUUGGGCAGGAGGUUACUUCGAAGAAAGAUCCGUGCGUGUUUAAUUCGAUAAUACAAUAUGAGACUAUCCCUGUAACCAGACGUUCCUCGUACUAUGAAGACAGUUAUUUAUGUUUGAAGCCAACAUUCAAUAACACAAUGGAACAAUAUUUCUCAGUGCCGAGACGUGUGGUAGACGACACUUGUAACGGUAUCAUCAAAAAAUUGACGGACAAUGUAUCAGAAUGCGGAGUGAGGAUUUUAUCUGAAUACAGUUACUAUCCACAAAGCCGACAGACUCAAUUCCCUUUGGAGUAUUGUACAGAAAAAGAUGGCUCUUGCAGAUUAAUGGUCGGAUGGCACCUCUCCAACAAAACCAUAGAAAAUUUUGAAUUUUUAAAACACGAUUCCAAUUUUAAAAAGUUUUUUAUACAGACCGAACCUAAUAUGGAACUUUUUAUAUAGAAAGGAAGUCAAUUCUAGGAAUUUUGUAUAAAUUUCUUUGGUACUAAUAAAAGUAUGUCAUAUA